AUGUUCUUGGCACGUCGGCUACCAUGGAACGUGCAUCACCAAGGCAGGUACACAUGCAUGCCUACCUCCAUUUGGGAAAGAGUUUCCACCGCCGUGGGCGUGAGGCCUUGGACGUUUUCCUUUUUGAGGGUGUCAAGCCGCACCUCACCCCAAAACACGGCAUCUGGCAAGUCCUACAUGGGAGCCGUGCGGUAUGGUCACUUUUACGUUGUGGUCAACAAGAUCGGAACCAUAUUCAACUACACGGACUUCGGCCCUUUCAAGGCGUACGGGGUCGAGGGGUGGUGGUUGGACAACCUCUUGAAGUCCGGCAAGUUAACGCGUGAAACAUACUUGCACUUAGCCGCCCGCGUUACAGUUGGGUUCCAGAGACGUUUGGCGGAUUGCAGGGCAGCUGAACGAUACCUGCAGGAAGAGUCUUUACGCCUUGAGGUUUCGGCACAACAGCAUGCGCUUGAACCGGCCAUGCUGCCCAUGAAGGUGUACCCCCAAGUGGAAGAUUUUAUCCAGCUUCAUGAUGGCCAGGCAAGGUUUCGGCGGCCCAUCUUGGCCAUCGUGGGGGGCACCCGAUUGGGGAAAUCUGUUUUGGCAGGACAUGUCUUGCGCCGGAUCGGUGAACGGCUGAACCUGGAUGAGUUCCUAGAGAUCACCGUGGAAGAUUCGGAACAGAUGGAUUUGGGCGAAUUCGACCGCCGAAUCCACUCCGGUGUCAUCCUGGACGGAGUGGCUGAUGCCCUUUUCCUCAAACGACACCGGGAGACCUUACAAGGUCGACCCAAAGUGGUCAAAGGCGCCAAGUCCGCCACGAAUGUAUACGCGUAUUCGUUCUCGUUUUGCGCGCGAGCCGUGGUGGCAACUUUCGAUCUUAGUGCGCGCAACUUGACCCUCUUAGAGACCGACCACUGGCUGUCCAACAGAGAGAAUGUGAUUCUUCUUGAGUUGAGCGAGCCUGUCUAUUCGACAGCGCAGAUCGGUGCAGGCCCCUUCCCUGUUGACGACGGCGAGGCCACGCCUGCCGCCUCGCGACCCCCGAAACGCCGAUGGGUGGGAAGUCCUGCAAGGCAGGUCCCAUUCUUACCGGUUCGCAACGGAUGA